CAGUCCAUCUGCAAAGCACGCUGAGCGGACUUGGGACCCCUGCAGCCUGCACCCUAAGGGUCUGGCACCACAGCGAGGCCUCCCUCCGCAGCCCUGCUGCCACCAGUCCCUGUGGCCUCAGAUGAUGCUCGAGCUCAGCCGAGCGCCACUGCCCUUCCACCUGACGAGUGGCCGACGGCCACACGUUUCCCACUCUGCCCUUGUGCAGCUUUGAGUUCUGGGGUCUCCUGCUUGUAGCUGACGUCUGGUUUCUUGAAAGCAGAUGGUUGACACUUGAUCUCCUUAUCAGAGGUUCGGGAACUUUCCUGGCGUUGUGCAGUGACUUUGGUCUGGGUGUUAACACACUGAGUCCGCAGCUCUACUGGGUCCAAUCUCCCCACCUGCCUGCCUCACUCUCCCCCAUUUGGUGGCACCCCUUGGGUCAUCAGGGCUGAUUGGAAAUCCAGCUAGAGAAAUGGGCUGCAUUUAAGAAAAUGAAAUAGAAAGCGGGGUUGACGGAAGCGGAAUCCGCAGCAGCCUGGACUCCGAUCGGGUAGCUGCAGUUUGUGGGGCUCUCCCUCCAGGCUGUGCCCUAUGCCAGGUCCCCAUCCUUGAGACGUGGGAUGUUCGGGAGCUGCCUGGUCCUGUGGGGCAUGUAGUUGGGGCACCUGAUCCAAUCUGGGGGCAGGGAGAAGGCAAGGGCUUCCUGGAGGUGACCUCUAAUGUGGGUUCUGAAAGUUGAGGCAUCACGCAGAGAGAGUGGGGAUGGGUGAGGGUAUUUGAGCAGAUGAUGGAGAACAGGAAAGACCCAGAGGCCAGGGUCAGGACAGAGCCCAUCUGUGGGCACUGCGUAUAAUUCCAGUGUGUCUGAGAUUGGGCUUUGGAGGUGGGGUGGAAGAGCUGGGGCUGGCAAGGGAACCAGGUCAGUUUAUGAAAAUCUAUUCACAAUCAGGCCAGUUUUCCAGGUCACUGUUCUUUCCAGUGGAGCCCCCUCUGAUGCCCUGCAGCUCUGAGAGGUUCUGUCUCCAAGGCUCCCCAGGGCUGUCAUCCCCAUGGCCCUGUGUCUGCCCAUCAUAUCUCUGUCCCCAAAGCUGGUCAGCAGGGGUGGCAGAAAGCCAUUUAUGAGAGCCAGGGACUCAGCUGCAGUUGUGGCAAGACAGCCACAGUUUGGGAGGUCAACCCUGAGGCAGGGGCAGCGGUGACUGCCUAUUCCUUGCAAUGCCACUGCUGCUUUCUCCCUCUCAGUCCUGGGUGUGGAUGCAGGCUAAGCCCGAGCCUCUCCACCCAUGACCCCCAGCAGUUACUGCCUCAAGCUGGUGGGUGGCACAGCCAGUGUCUGGACUCAGGGCCUCCAGCCACAAAGCCUGUGCGCUCCGCUCCGGGAGUGGCCUAACCGCUCUCAGGCGCAGGGAUCAGUUUACAGACCCAGGGAUAGGGAAUUGGGGAUGAUGUGGGUCUCCUCACUCCCACUCCUAGGCAGCCCUGACUUCUCACUGAGCACUCACCUCUUUGGCGUGGUCUCUUGGCAAGCCCUGUCCCCUACCUUUGAGCCUCUCAUCUGCCUCCUGGGACCCAUUAAAGUGGUUCCUCAUUGCCCCACCUGGUCCAGCGGGACCCAACCCAUUAUGGCAACAGCUCCCAGGAUAGGGCUGGAACUCCUGAUCCCAGCUGUGGCUCUCCGGCCCCUUCCUGGGAACGUCGGCAUCGGUGGGGGAACUUUCAGUCGUGCCGCAAACUCUCUCUUGAGCUGGGGCUGUAACCUGUGGACUCUGACCCUGGAGGAAGUCCCAUCCCAUCCCACCUGCAACUGGGAGUGCAAACAGCCCGUGAGAGGAAAGGGCAGGUGGCGGACACCGAGGAGGGAGGAGCCAAGAGGGAGGACCUGGCCCCUUGCUGCAGCUGUGGCGUCCCCCUGUCCCUAGCUUCCAAGAAACCCCCCUCUCCUGCUCUCUUCAGUUCUCUGAGAUGCCCCCAUAUUUGUACAGUAAUUCUUUUUGGCUCAAGCCAGCUUGGGUUGGUCCCUUUCUCUUGCAACUGAAGAGUGUAUAGAGUAUAGUAGAGCCCCCAAACUGGGGAGGGGGGGCAUAGAGUUCUUCAUCUUUUUCCAACUUUUGAGAUGGAAAUAGAGCAUGGUAAAUCAUUACACUGAGACUACAGGUAUAAACUAGGGUGGUCCUGACAGACCUGGCCAUAUGGUCACCCCAUCUGCAAGUUGAAAGAAAAACACGCAGGCCCUUUUUCAUCUGACGACUGGUGAGGCAGGGAUGGCUAUUGUCUCUCUGAGGUAAAACAGGAAAGUGGUCCAAGGUGGGGUGGCAAUGGGAGAGGGCUCAGGCUGGAAAGUGACUGUAUUUUCCUGCCUGGUUGAUGUGGAGCCAGGAAGCCGAUUCCGGCUGUGGGAGAAAGGUCAGGGUUGCAUCCCCUUUCCUUUCUUCUUGAUGGAUGAAAGGCUGAUUCUUUGACAUGUGGACUCCCCAAGGCCAGGCGGACUGUGCCCUUCCAGGAUCUGUGGGCAGGACAGUGGGCAGGGCCCCGGGGGGAGUCAAAGGAGGCCCCAGCAUAGCCUGAGCAGCAAGAUGGAUGGGGGGGCCUCUAACACUAUAAGUGGCCCUGCCAGGGCCUUUGCUCGGGGCUCUGGCCAUGCUCCUCCUCGGGCUGUUGCUGCUGACCCUGCUGGCUGGUGCCCGCCUGCUGUGGGACAAGUGGAAGUUCCGCAGCCUCCACCUCCCGCCUCUCGUGCCAGGCUUCCUGCACCUGCUGCAGCCCAACCUUCCCCUCUACCUGCUGGGUCUGACCCAGAAACUGGGGCCUGUCUACAGGCUCCGCCUUGGUCUGCGAGAUGUGGUGGUGCUGAACUCCAAGAGGACUAUCGAGGAAGCCAUGAUCAAGAAGUGGGUGGACUUUGCCGGCAGACCCCAGACAGCAUCCUAUCAGCUGGUGUCUCAGCAUUUCCCGGACCUAUCCCUCGGGGACUACUCCCUGCUCUGGAAGGCUCACAAGAAGCUUACCCGCUCAGCCCUGCUGCUGGGCCUCCGCAACUCCAUGGAGCCGCUGGUGGAGCAGCUGACCCAGGAGUUCUGUGAGCGCAUGCGAGCCCGGGCUGGCACCCCUGUGGCCAUACAGGAGGAGUUCUCUUUCCUCACCUGCACCAUCAUCUGUCACCUCACCUUCGGAGACAAGGAGGACGCCUUGGUACAUGCCGUUCAUGACUGUGUCCAAGACUUGAUGAAAACCUGGGAGCACUGGUCCAUCCAAAUUUUGGACAUCAUUCCCUUUCUCAGGUUCUUCCCCAACCCAGGCCUCUGGAGGCUGAAGCAGGCCUUGGAGAACAGGGACCACAUGGUGGAGAAGCAGCUGAGGCAGCACAAGGAGAGCAUGGUGGCAGGCCAGUGGAGGGACCUGACUGACUAUAUGCUCCAAAGACUGGGGAAGCCAACAGCAGAAGAGAGCCACGGACAGCUCCUUGAAGGACAUGUGCAUAUGUCUGUGGUGGACCUGUUUAUUGGUGGCACUGAGACCACAGCGACCACCCUCUCCUGGGCCGUGGCGUUCUUGCUUCACCACCCUGAGGUUCAGCAGCGGCUGCAGGAAGAGCUGGAUCGUGAGCUGGGCCCUGAAGCUUCAGGCUCCCAAGUCCCAUACAGAGAUCCCGCCCGGCUGCCCUUGCUCACGGCCACCAUCGCAGAGGUGCUGCGCCUGCGGCCGGCCGUGCCCCUGGCCUUGCCGCACCGCACCACUCGGCCCAGCAGCAUCUUGGGCUACGACAUCCCUGAGGGCAUGGUCGUCAUCCCCAACCUGCAAGGCGCCCACUUAGAUGAGACAGUCUGGGAGCGGCCCCAAGAGUUCUGGCCUGAUCGCUUCCUGGCCCCCGGCGCCAGCCCCAGAGUGCUGGCCUUCGGCUGCGGAGCACGCGUGUGCCUCGGGGAGCCACUGGCGCGCCUAGAGCUCUUCGUGGUGCUGGCGCGGCUGCUGCGGGCUUUCACGCUGCUGCCACCCGGGGGCACCCUGCCCUCCCUGCAGCCCCGGGCCCACUGUGGUGUCAACCUCACCAUGCGGCCUUUCCAGGUGCAGCUGCAGCCCCGGGGGACGGGGGCCCGGGCGCUGGGCCAGCACCCAUGA